AUGCACACACAGUGGAUGGGGGGAGGAUGAAGUGUAAAAACACAACCACACACACUGAGAGCUGCGUCAGGCAGAAGCAUCAGUUUUGCCGAUGCGGGACGGGCAGGAUGGACCCAUCAUGCACCAGCACCGGGACUUUUAACCCACAUGGAUGCAACCAUCUGGAAAGAUCUACAGACCUCCGUUAAUCCUGGCAUGUCCCAGAUGAGAGACUACAGUAAUGACUGUCAUCACUUUCACUGUCUCGGUGCUGUGCCUGCUGCCCCCGGCGGUGCUGGCCCGGUGGUCUUGUGUCCGGGCGUGUCCUCCGCCCUGCUCCUGCACCCAGGAGAAGAGCUGCACGGUGCUGUGCGACCGCUCCGGCAUCUCGGAGCUGCCCAAAGAGUUCCCCUGCGAGGCGUCCGUCAUCAACCUAGACAAGAACAAACUCAAGUUCCUGUCGGAGCGGGCCUUUGGCACGCUGCCCUCCCUCAAGACUCUCUCUCUGGACCACAACAACAUCUCCUUCAUCACCCCUGGGGCCUUCAAGGGCCUUCCCAACCUGGUGGAGCUGAGAAUGGCGCACAACGACUACAUCAGUUACCUCCACACGCGGGCUUUCACCGGGCUGAAGAAGCUGGUGCGCCUGGACCUGUCAGACUGUAACCUCUUCAACAUCCCGGACCGCAUCUUCCUGGAGCAAACCGCGCUGAAGGAGCUGCUCUGCUUCCAGAACAACUUCAGGAGGAUCCCCGGGGCCUUCAGGGGCAUGGAGAACCUGACACACAUCUACCUGGAGAGGAACCGGAUCGAGGCGGUGGCCUACAACUCCCUGCUGGGCCUGGGCAGUCUCAAGUACCUAAACCUCCAGGAGAACCGCAUCAACGUGAUCCAUGACCAGUCCUUCCAGGACCUCGUGCGGCUGGAGAACUUCUACCUCAACGACAACGUGCUGUGUGAUCUGCCGCGGCACGCCUUCAAGGGCCUCGUCCGCCUCAAGAUGCUCAACCUCGGGGGAAACCUGUUGACCAACGUAUCCAAGACCUGGUUUGGUGACCUGGUAGAGCUGGAGGUCCUGUACCUGGACAGGAACCAGCUGGUCAACAUCGAGGAAGGCACAUUUGAGAACCUGACCAGCCUCAUCACCCUCCACCUGAACAGCAACAACCUCACCACCCUUCCCUUCUCCGUCUUCCGGCCCGUCUACUUCCUGGGCCGCCUGUACCUCUUCCGAAACCCCUGGGAGUGCGACUGCUCCCUGGAGUGGCUGAAGGACUGGAUGGACAGCUACAAGCUGGUGCGGGACAUCCCGUGCGCCUCGCCUACCUCCGUGGCGGGGCUGGACCUCAGCGAGGUGGUUUUCGCCCAGGUGAACGGCACGUGCGUGGACCCCGGGGAGCUGAACCUGACCACGGUGUCUUCGGAGAUAGCCUCCACCACGGAAAACCGCUUCAACAGCCUCAUUUCCAAGCUGCUGCAGCAGGAGCUCCGAGAGGAGAUGGGGAAUGGGACGGAGAGCCUCCGCAACGCGACGCUGCCCGAGGAGGGGCAGCUGUCUGGGGGGGUCUCGGGGCGGCGGGCCCAGGCACGCCAGUCGUUCUUCUGCUUCACUGCAGCGUGGCUCAUCCUUGGUUUGAUUGGCCGGUCAGAUGCUAAUCACAGUCUUUCUUGCACAUGAGGACUUUGGCUUCCUGGACCCACAGAAACAACAAGAAGUAGCUUUUUUUUAAUUGCCGUUGAGAUAAAAUAGAUGGAAAAGGUUUUCGUG